CUAUAGGGCUUGAUCAAUUGGGCUUUAGCUUUGUCGUUUGUCUUUGUCUUACCAUAGUCAUAGCGUGGCGUGUGUUUGCUCACUUGGACAAUUUUCUCUGAUUGUACGUCUUAAUUUCAGGGACAUCAUUCUGAGUGUUUUAACAACGUUGGGAAAUGGCAAGAAGCAGGAGCAGGUCACCAACGACUUCGAAAAGAGAUCGGAGGAGGUCUAGAUCCCGGUCCAGAGAAAGGAGACACCGAAAGAAGAGGAGCAGAUCUCGUUCUCCAAGAAGACGGCCCUCACCACAGCGUCACAGGUCUCCCUCUAAUUCCCCGCCAAGGAGAAGAUCACCUUCCCCUCGGAAACGAUCCCAAGAAAGAGAUCUGGAUAAACCAGACAAACAGAAUCAUGUUGACGGGAGAGCGGAAAUCGAUGAGUCGAAGCUGGAGGGUCUGGAUGAUGAGCAAGUGGACAUGAUGAAGCUAAUGGGAUUUGCGACCUUUGACACCACGAAGGGCAAAAAAGUAGAUGGCAAUGAUGUGUCCGCAGUGAAUUUGCAGCGGAAAAGACGGUACAGGCAGUACAUGAACAGACGAGGAGGUUUCAAUCGGCCAUUGGACUUUUGCUAGUGCACUUCAUCAU